UGCAGCCAUAGCUUCAUAGCAGUUCAAAUUAUUUCUAAGUAUCAGAAGAGAGAAGAGGAAAAGCAUUACCAUCAGAAACCAUGAGGGCAAUAGCGGUGACGUUUUUCCUCUUCUGCUUCGUAUUUCCGGCUGCUUUAGCGCAGCUCAAGUACGGAUUCUACAGCCGGUCGUGCCCUCAUGCCGAGUCCAUAGUCACCAAUGUCGUCGCCAAACACUUCCGCCGUGACCGGUCCAUCGCCGCCGAUCUUGUUCGCAUGCAUUUUCACGAUUGCUUUGUCAAGGGUUGUGACGCUUCGCUGCUCAUCGACCCGAAACCCGGAAGGCCGUCCGAGAAGAACGCAGGGCCAAACGCAAGCGUGGACGGAUACGAAAUCAUCGAUGAGGCCAAGAAACAGCUCGAGGCUCACUGUCCUCACACCGUCUCGUGUGCUGACGUCGUCACUCUGGCCACGAGGGACGCGGUUACAUUAGCAGGAGGUCUGAGGUAUGCUGUGCCUACUGGAAGACGUGACAGCCUGAGGUCGAAUCCUGCUGACGUCAACUUGCCCGGACCCACGAUUCCAGUGACGGACGCCAUUCAGGCCUUUGGGGCUGUAGGGCUCAAUCUCUUUGAUAUGGUUACUCUCGUUAUUGGUGGUCACACCAUCGGUGUUAUCCAUUGUAGUCUCAUCCAAGACAGAAUCGCAGACCCUGCCAUGGAACGCACAUUGAAUGCUAAGUUGAGGAACCAAUGCCGUGCCCCUAACGAUCCAACGGUGUUCUUGGACCAGAGGACCUCAUUCAAAGUGGACAACGGCUUGUGUUUGGAAGUUCUGAGACAGAGAGGAGUCUUAAGGAUUGAUCAGAGCCUCGGUCUUGACGGAAGGACCCGAGGGAUCAUCAUGAGUUAUGCCAAAGACAAUGCCCUCUUCAAUCGUAAAUUCGCUCAGGCCCUCGUGAAGAUGGGGACCAGAAGGUUCCUCUCUGGUCGUGCCGGUGAGAUCAGGAAGAACUGCAGAGUCUUCAACAACGGCCACUGACUCAUAGAUCAUCUUAAUGAUCAUUAUUAGCUUUCCAUUCCAAUUUCCAUUGCGUGCCUUUUCUUCCAAAUAAACUGUCAAAUGUGUGUUUUGUCUUGGAAUCUUGAUUUUGUCAUUGUAUUGAUUUUUGUUCCAACUUUAUUGAGGUUUUCAAUUUUAAUGUAAAACGAAAUAAUUAUCUAUCCAUCGUUUUUUUAAUUGCCGUUUUAAUUA